GGCAGGAUGGGCUGUGGGGGAUCCAAGGAACCAAGGAGCUGGGCCUGAUUACAGGAACCAGAGACAAGGGAGGGGACUUUACUGUGGUCACACAGUGACCCAUGGUGGCUACCUUCAUAUAGGGCCACACACUGGAAAAUCAGGGUAACAUGACUCUCUUGGUCUAAAGGCCAAGGCGAGGCCCAGGUGUCCUCCUAGGUCUGCUUUCUGCUGCUUUGAUAAAAUACCAUGGCCAAAGGCAACUCAGAGAGGAAAGGGUUAAUUUCCAUUUGCACCAUGCAGUCUACCAUGAAGGGAGCUCAAGGCAGAAAUGUGGAGGCAGGAACUGAAGCAGAGUCCACAAAGACAGACAUGCUACUAGCUUGCUCUUCAUGGUUUCCUCAGUUGAUUUUCUUAUAGAACUCAGGACCACCUGCCCAGGGGUAGUACUGUCCCCAGUAAGCUGGAUCUUCCCAUGUACAUCAUUAAUCAAUAAAAUGCCCCACAGACUUGCUUAUAGGACAUCUGAUGUGGGCGUUUUCUCAAUUGAAAUUCCCUCCUCCCAAAUGACCUUAGCUUAUGUCAAGCUGACAGAAAAAGCUAAGCAGUACACCAGAUAAGGGAAGCCACAAACAAACAAACAAACAAACAAACAAACCCAAACCAGCCAUACCAUCUAGAGCAGACCCCAGGAAGCCUCAUCUUCCCAAGCCAGACAAGCUACAAAGAGUAGCCUUCCUACCUCUUCUGCCUCCGAGGGUCCUACCUCCAGUUCUCCCUUCCUAUCCCCGCACCUGCUUCAGAAGAAGAGUGUAUCCUACUCCACAGAACGGCUUACCACAUCCCAGUUACACCUACAACAACAGGAAACAGUGCUCUUGCACCAAACGCAACAAGACUUAGUUUAUACUGAGCUAAGUAUGAGUGACUGGGGCUAACGAGACCCCAAGGGACAUGUUCCACUGUGGCUGUGGUUAUACUAACCUUUGCAGUCACAGAACAAAGGACAACAGGAAGUCAAAGCAUUUAUCAAACACAUAGGUGGGAUGACCAGGUAGGUGGGUUACAGCUAAGUGAGGGGAACUCUGCUAUAGGCCUCAGAUGCUGUCUGAGGACAUUUUGGGUGGAAGCUUGAGGUUUGCUGCGAAUACAGGCUAAAGCUUUUUGCCUGGUAGAUGGAUGUUAGGUCGGACAGUCGUAGUGAGUAGUAAAUGGGUACUGAAGACAGCCCGAGAAAAUUUAGCUAUGGGUCUGAAACAUUUCAACCUCCAUAACUAGGACAUUCUUAUGAGUCAGUCAUCUGCAGAAACUUCAUCAGAGGUAAACAUCAGCUCACAUCUGCAAAGACUGAACUUCUGUAGAAGGUCAUGUGCACAGUACCGGGAAUUAGGGGUCUGUUGUAUCUUUUGAGAUGCACUUCCUUUUGGAGUAACACCAUAACCAUGCUGGCUCCAGUGAUAUGUAAGGGGGUACCUUGGCUCAGCUCUGUCCAGGUUAGCCACAAGAGGCAGAGAAUAAGCCCUCUCACAACUUAUACUGCCCUAUCCCCUCCUUCUCAGCCCCCUCUGUGCACAGGUAUUCCCCCCUGUAAAAAGUGUAGGUUCUGAAGUGCUCUUACGCAGGCACCCCAGAGCUGGGCACAUGGGACAGUCGUGCUGAUCUGGGAAGCAUGGGGAAGUGGUAUGCAAAGAGCUGUCCCAAGUCAGACAGGAUCUCCACCCACAGUGGAGCCAGAGAUCCUUCCAGCAUGUUCUUCCUCCCUGUUUGGACACCUGCCUUCAGGAGCCAAGGUAUGGUGAGGACAGGGCCACAAUGUACAGUAGAGGUUUUUUGCCAGUCAUCGAAGAAAUACAGAUCUGUAGGGAACCCAGCUGCAUAGCCCAGGCUAGUCCACUCAAGUCACUGGAGUGAACGGUGGGGCUGAGGGGCCUAGCCUGGCUGGGUGGGUGGGAAAGAAUCUGAGCUCAGUCAGGGUAAGAGAUGCCGCAGGCAGCCUCUUUGUCCUCUAUUUACCAAGGUGGGAACUUGGAGGGAAGUGCCUGGCAGGGUCUUUCUCUCCCUGCUUCCUCCUGUUCUCCCCCUUGCCCUCUUUACCUGUCACCCUCCAUGGACUUCCCUUCCUGGCUUUUCUUUCUGCCUUCUGUUCCUGCUUCCCCUUUCUAGCCAUCAUCUCUGCCUCCCUACCCUGGACUUCCAGUUCCACCUGGGUCCCUCCUCUUCUCCACUCUGUCCUUCCAGCCUCCUUGCAUCUGUGUUGGAUCACAUGCCUUCUCGCCUAACUACCCAGGCCAAAACUUGCAACCUUGUCUGGAGCAGCCAAGGUGUGGCUCCCAUGGGUUGUGAAAAUGAAUUCCCUACUGUCUUUGGAGGUUUCCAGGAGACCCUCUGCAAAAGCCUCUGGAGAGCUGUGUCGAGGGUGUUGGAAUCCAGAUGCCCGGAGUUCGAAAAGUCACAAUGCCGAUGGCCCAGAGCUCUUGUCCUGGAAGCCCCCCAGAUACUGGGGAUGGAUGGGAGCCAGUCCUAUGCAAGGGAGAGGUCAACUUCGGAGGGUCUGGGAAAAAGCGAAGCAAGUUUGUGAAGGUGCCAAGCAAUGUGGCCCCCUCCAUGCUCUUUGAACUCCUGCUCACCGAGUGGCACCUGCCAGCCCCCAACCUGGUGGUGUCCCUGGUGGGCGAGGAACGGCUUUUUGCUAUGAAGUCCUGGCUUCGGGAUGUCUUGCGCAAGGGGCUGGUGAAAGCAGCUCAGAGCACAGGUGCCUGGAUCCUGACCAGUGCCCUCCAUGUGGGCCUGGCACGCCAUGUUGGACAGGCUGUACGUGAUCACUCUCUGGCUAGCACGUCCACCAAGGUCCGUGUGGUGGCCAUCGGAAUGGCCUCUCUGGACCGAAUCCUUCACCGCCAACUUCUAGAUGGUGUCCAGGAGGAUACUCCCAUCCACUACCCAGCAGAUGAGGGCAGCACUCAGGGACCCCUCUGCCCUCUGGACAGCAAUCUCUCCCACUUCAUCCUCGUGGAGCCAGGCACCCUUGGGAGUGGGAACGACGGACUGGCAGAGCUGCAGCUGAGCCUGGAGAAGCACAUCUCUCAGCAGAGGACAGGUUAUGGGGGUACCAGCAGCAUCCAGAUACCUGUCCUUUGCUUGCUAGUCAAUGGUGACCCCAGCACCCUAGAGAGGAUGUCCAGGGCAGUGGAGCAGGCUGCCCCAUGGCUGAUCCUGGCAGGUUCUGGGGGCAUUGCUGAUGUACUCGCUGCCCUGGUGGGCCAGCCUCAUCUCCUGGUGCCCCAGGUGACCGAGAAGCAGUUCAGAGAGAAAUUCCCAAGCGAGUGUUUCUCUUGGGAAGCCAUUGUACACUGGACAGAGCUGCUACAGAACAUUGCUGCACACCCCCACCUGCUCACAGUGUACGACUUUGAGCAGGAGGGUUCCGAGGACCUGGACACCGUCAUCCUCAAGGCACUUGUGAAAGCCUGCAAGAGUCACAGCCGAGACGCACAAGACUACCUAGAUGAGCUCAAGUUAGCAGUGGCCUGGGAUCGCGUGGACAUUGCCAAGAGUGAAAUCUUCAAUGGGGACGUGGAGUGGAAGUCCUGUGACUUGGAAGAGGUGAUGACAGAUGCCCUAGUGAGCAACAAGCCUGACUUCGUGCGCCUCUUUGUGGACAGUGGUGCUGACAUGGCCGAGUUCUUGACCUAUGGGCGGCUGCAGCAGCUUUACCACUCUGUGUCCCCCAAGAGCCUCCUCUUUGAACUGCUGGAGCGUAAGCAUGAGGAGGGUCGGCUGACACUGGCUGGCCUGGGUGCCCAGCAGACCCGGGAGCUGCCCGUUGGUCUGCCUGCCUUUUCACUCCAUGAGGUCUCCCGAGUUCUCAAAGAUUUCCUGCAUGACGCCUGCCGUGGCUUCUACCAGGAUGGGCGCAGGAUGGAGGAGAGAGGGCCACCCAAGCGGCCUGCAGGCCAGAAAUGGCUGCCGGACCUCAGUCGGAAGAGUGAAGACCCAUGGAGGGACCUGUUCCUUUGGGCUGUGCUGCAGAACCGUUAUGAGAUGGCCACAUACUUCUGGGCCAUGGGCCGGGAGGGUGUGGCUGCUGCUCUGGCGGCCUGCAAGAUCAUCAAGGAAAUGUCCCACCUGGAGAAAGAGGCAGAGGUGGCCCGCACUAUGCGUGAGGCCAAGUAUGAGCAGCUGGCCCUCGAUCUUUUCUCAGAGUGCUACAGCAACAGUGAGGACCGUGCCUUUGCCCUGUUGGUGCGCAGGAACCACAGCUGGAGCAGGACCACCUGCCUGCACCUGGCCACUGAGGCCGAUGCCAAGGCCUUCUUUGCCCAUGAUGGUGUGCAAGCAUUCCUGACGAAGAUCUGGUGGGGAGACAUGGCCACAGGCACACCCAUCUUACGACUUCUGGGUGCCUUCACCUGCCCAGCCCUCAUCUACACAAAUCUCAUCUCCUUCAGUGAGGAUGCCCCGCAGAGGAUGGACCUGGAAGAUCUGCAGGAGCCAGACAGUUUGGAUAUGGAAAAGAGCUUCCUGUGCAGCCAUGGUGGCCAAUUGGAGAAGUUAACAGAGGCGCCAAGGGCUCCUGGCGAUCUAGGCCCACAAGCUGCCUUCCUGCUCACACGGUGGAGGAAGUUCUGGGGCGCUCCUGUGACUGUGUUCUUGGGGAAUGUGGUCAUGUACUUUGCAUUCCUCUUCCUAUUCUCCUACGUCCUGCUGGUGGAUUUCAGGCCACCACCCCAGGGGCCAUCUGGGUCGGAAGUUACCCUGUAUUUCUGGGUCUUCACACUGGUGCUGGAGGAAAUCCGACAGGGAUUCUUCACAAACGAGGACACCCGUCUGGUGAAGAAGUUCACUCUGUACGUAGAAGACAACUGGAACAAAUGUGACAUGGUGGCCAUCUUCCUGUUCAUUGUUGGUGUCACCUGUAGAAUGGUGCCCUCCGUGUUUGAGGCUGGCCGGACUGUUCUGGCCAUUGACUUCAUGGUGUUCACACUUCGGCUCAUCCACAUCUUUGCUAUUCACAAGCAGCUGGGUCCUAAGAUCAUCAUUGUAGAGCGGAUGAUGAAAGAUGUCUUCUUCUUCCUCUUCUUCCUGAGCGUGUGGCUCGUGGCCUAUGGCGUGACCACUCAGGCCCUGCUGCACCCCCACGAUGGCCGUCUGGAGUGGAUUUUCCGCCGUGUGCUCUACAGGCCUUACCUGCAGAUCUUUGGGCAAAUCCCUCUGGAUGAAAUUGAUGAGGCCCGUGUGAACUGCUCUCUUCACCCGUUGCUGCUGGACAGCUCAGCUUCCUGCCCUAAUCUCUAUGCCAACUGGCUGGUCAUUCUCCUGCUGGUUACCUUCCUCCUCGUCACUAAUGUGCUACUUAUGAACCUUCUGAUCGCCAUGUUCAGCUACACAUUCCAGGUGGUGCAGGGCAAUGCAGACAUGUUCUGGAAGUUUCAACGCUACCACCUCAUCGUUGAAUACCACGGAAGGCCGGCUCUGGCCCCGCCCUUCAUCCUGCUCAGCCACCUGAGCCUGGUGCUCAAGCAGGUCUUCAGGAAGGAAGCCCAGCACAAACAGCAACACCUGGAGAGAGACUUGCCUGACCCCGUGGACCAGAAGAUCAUUACCUGGGAAACAGUUCAAAAGGAGAACUUCCUGAGUACCAUGGAGAAACGGAGGAGGGACAGUGAGGAGGAGGUGCUGAGGAAAACGGCACACAGAGUGGACUUGAUUGCCAAAUACAUCGGGGGUCUGAGAGAGCAAGAAAAGAGGAUCAAGUGUCUGGAGUCACAGGCCAACUACUGUAUGCUCCUCUUGUCCUCCAUGACUGACACACUGGCUCCUGGAGGCACCUACUCAAGUUCUCAAAACUGUGGUCGCAGGAGUCAGCCAGCCUCUGCUAGAGACAGGGAGUACCUAGAGGCUGGCUUGCCACACUCAGACACCUGAAAUGGAGAAACCACUUGCCCUAGAGCUCCAGACCUGGCCAGAUUGAGGUUUUGGGUCACAUCAACCUUCCCCUGCCCCAGCAGCCCCGAGACCUUGCCGCAGACCAUGUCUUGGACACCUCUUCCUAUGAAAAUGAGACUCAUGUCUUUGGCAUCUAUCUGGGAGCCCCAGGCGUCCUCUCCAGCAGGGGAAGUUUUCUCAUGUCCUACCUAAAACUUUCACCAGCUAAGACUGGACAGCUGGAACUGGCCAAGUCCCACAUGGGAUACCAUCUGCCUGGAUGGGGCUACUUACGUCUAGCCUGUCUUACCCUGAGUUCCAAAGAGGCCAACCUCUUAAACACUAGAGGUUUCCUUCUUGUCCUCUGAUUCAUCCAUCAGCCGACCAGCUUCUAGAGGGCAGGACUCAGAUCUACUGUAAUCAGCUCCCAUCCUUCAGCCCCCACAGCAUAAUUUGUGUGAUUGUCCUGGCACAAACCCCAAGAUACUGCUCAAGGGUACCCAAUGCUAUUUUACUUUCUAUAAAGCCUGUAGACCACCUCAACUAAGCUAAACUGGACCACAGGGGUGGCUAAACCAACAUUUCAAACACCUGGGGAACAUGGAGUUAUCUGACCCAAUGAACAGCAUCUCUGUUCCUUCUA